AUGCCUGAUCCUCUCAUAAAAUUCUUCCAGUAGAUUACAAAACUAGGCAUCUUUGUACCUAGGAAAUUUCUAAACAGAUUUGAAAAUGAAGUAGAAAUCUUAGAUGAAUUUGGUUCAACUUUGAGAUUAAAUUUUACCAAAAGGAUGCUUAUGUAUGGUUUAUUCUUAUUUGAUAAAAUCAUUCUGAGAGAUCUUGGAUUCUAACCAGCUGAUUAAAAGUUGCAGUAAUAUCAAAACUCAUUCAAAACUAAGAAAGAGUAGAAUUAAGAUGAUGAAAGUGAAAAAGAACAAGCCUCUAAGUACUCUAAGAGAUCAUUAGAAAAUUUAAAAGUUAUAUCCUUCACAAUCUACUAUCUAUUUCUGAUGCUUGCAAGCUAAAUGGUUUACAGAAUGAGGCAUCGUAAGUCAAAUGAGCCAUUAGAUCUAAAAUAAAUAGAAGCUAUCUACUACUAAUAUUGCAAAAUUCAUCCAGGAGAUUUUGAAUAAUCAGUUAAUCCCCCUAUCUUUGAAGAAAUAUAUGGUUUCUUAAGCAGUGAGCAAGAGUGGACUUCAGAAAUUUUAGAUAUAAUGAAGUUGAUACUAAAUAGGAUAUUAUAACAAACAACAUUGAUUUCAAAUAAACAAAAGGGAAACCUUAAAAAGGCUUUUGAUUUUCUUAUUAAAAAGUGA